UGUUACUACAAACUCAUCCUCUGACUGAGCCUACGACUUUAGGUGGCACCAAUAAAUGCCCCCAACAUGGCAAACUCCUGGAGUACUACUGCUUGGAUGACAUGACCUGUGUGUGUGUUUCCUGCGCCAUUGAAGACCAGCACCGCCUGCACAAUAUGAAGACCUUCUCCACAGCCCACAAAGAGCUCCUGGAGAAGCUCAGCGCUGAGCAGCAGGACCUACAGGUGAAAACUGCUAAAAAGAAUUUGAGUCUGGAGAAGUGGGAGAAGAGUGAGAGGGAGAAGCUGGCUCGCUCUAGUGUGCGCCUCAUUGAGGCUGUGACUAAUCUGCGUGACAUUGCCCUGACCAGUGUCCACAGUUCAGUAUCUGCCCGUAUGGUGUCCAUCAAAACCAGCAAGAGCAGCAUGCAAGCAGCACAGAAGGAGAAGGACACCUUCAGGUUCCUGCAGAUGUAUUCUCAGGUACAGCAGGAUAUGGAGAAGGCCAAGGCUGUGGAUCUGAGGAAAGGGAUGGAGCCUGGCAGUGAUCGAGACAAACUGGUUCAGGACAUCAAACAGAAUGGGGAAAAGAUGGUGGAGCAAGCAGGCCACUUCUGGGGAUCCUUGUUGAGUCUGGUUGACCCAGAGAACCACCAGGAGCUCAUCAAUACCAGUUCAGACCUGAUCUUUGAACCACAGAGUUUGGGCCCCAGCAUGUCACUGUCCAAAGACAGGAGGAAGGUUUUCUACACGGGGCUAGAGCCAUAUUCUGCCACUCUUCUAAUUCGUAGUACCAGGUCAACUCCUAAAUUUCAAAGGUGGGUGGUCAGUCUUUCCUGUCCUGACUGGACCAUUGGUUUAUGUGACAAACAGUUUGCACAGAACUUGACGUAUGGACAUGUCUAUGGUCUGUGCCGCAAGGAUAACAGGCUCAGCUCACUCACGACUGCCCGUGAUGAUGGUUCAUGGCAGCAGAGAACACUUAGACCUUUAAUCACACAGCUGAAAAAUGGAGAUGAGUCCGUACCACGACCUGGGGUGGUGGAGGUGUUUUUGAACUCUGAUGCUUCCUCACUGUCCUUCUUCAGUAAAACUGGACGGCACCAGAGAGAAGAAAUAAUCACAAUUAAGAUGAGUCUCAACAACUGCGACCUGGCCCCCUUUGUUCAUGUAGCAAAGACAAAUGCCCAAAAUAUCCUCCAGCAGCAAUGGAAGUGCCACUGUAGGCAGGUUAACUACACAGGGAGCAUGUUGUGGCAAAUGAAAGAUAAGCAGUUCUACAACUCCUUCCAAAGUAAUUGUUCCUGCGGAGCAUAUAUUGGUGACGAAUGCAUCACAGAGGUGGUUUGUGAACUUCAGUAAUGAC